AUGCUCCGCGGCGCCAUCUCCCGCCUCGGCGCUCGCCUCCGCCUCCACGCUGACCCUUCCCCGGCCUGUCCUUACCUCCGCGCCCUCUCCACCCGCCGUGGCAAGCGCUCCUCCCCCACCGUGUCGCCCGCUGACUCCGAUGAUGAGGGACCCCUGCGCGGCCUCUUCGUGCUAUCCCGCGACCCCGAGUGCCCGCCGCGGCUGCUGGUGGUGCAGCCGCGCCUCCGCCCCGGAAGCCUCCUCGACUCCAAGCUCGCCGAGGCACUCAACCUCGCCAACUCCCUCGAGGAGCCCCGCGACGGCUUCUACCACAGCGAGUUCGGCGCCAAGGGCGCGCCGCCGCACCUCGUCGUCCAGAACCCCGCCUCCCGCGGUCGCUCACACGCUGAUACAUAUUUCGGCCCUGGAACUGUGGAUAAUGUCAAGUGCUACCUGUGGGCAUCGGAAUCAGAGGUUGCCUGGGGAAAGCCAGUUUUGGAUCGUGUUGGGCUUAUAAUUGAAAUAUUCAAUGCUCACGCUGAAACAAAAGAAGCAAAGUUACAGUCAGAGUUGGCAGCUCUCAUGUACAUGAAGACUAGGCUUGUUCGUGUACCUGGCCCAGGUGGACGACUAACUUUUGGUCCAAGUGGGGAGGCUGAGGUUGUCAGUGCAAGAGGGAGAGGUAGUGGGGGGAGGGGAUUCAUGAGUGGUGCUGGUGAAACAGAACUUCAACUACAACGGAGGAGAAUCCAAGAACGCCGUGUGAGCUUGUUAGCUCAAAUCGAAGAUGUACGCCGUACUAGAGCGAUACAACGUUCAAGUCGGAAAAGACAUGGUGGCUCGUUUGGUCAAGAGCUUGUAACUGUUGCAGUCGUCGGAUAUACAAAUGCUGGCAAAUCUACGCUUGUGAGUGCACUUUCUGAAGCUGAUCUGUACAGUGAUGACAGGCUGUUUGCAACAGUAGAUCCCCGGUUACGAAGUGUGAUUCUUCCAUCAGGGAGAAAAGCACUUCUUAGUGAUACCGUUGGCUUCAUCUCAGAUUUACCAGUACAGCUAGUGGAAGCAUUUCAUGCGACCCUAGAAGAAGUCGUUGAAGCAGACAUGUUAGUGCAUGUGUUGGAUUCAAGCGCAUCUAAUCUUGAAGAGCAUCGAUCUACAGUAUUGCAAGUACUGCAGCAGAUAGGCGUUUCUCAGGAGAAGAUCAACAGUAUGAUUGAAGUUUGGAACAAGAUUGAUCUUGUGGACGAGAAUGUUACAUCUGAUGGGAUUGAAGAUGAAAUCUUCCUGACCGAAGGUGAAGAGGAGGAUGACAUAUUCUCUGAAGAUGAUGUUCCAUCAGAACAAUCAUCUUUUGAUUCUGUAGAUGAUGGAGCAGAUUCAGAAUAUUUAUCAGAAGAAAAUUCUGAAGAUAGCAAUGAUGAAGUGUCAUCUAAAGAGUCAUUUGCUGAGCUAACCGAGAUGGAGGCAACGAAAGAGUUAUCAUCAAAAGAAUGUUUUGGAGAACUUCGUGUCCCAGAUACAAAUGGAUGCACUUUGCCACAACCAACUUCCGCUUGUCAUGUAAAAACUUCUGCUGUGACAGGGACAGGAUUGCAAGAGUUGCUGGCAUUGAUAGAUAGGAAACUGACUGAACAACAAAAUGUUGUGCAAAGAAGCUAUGGACCUUUCGACAGAAAAUGGAGACCUAGCUCUAUGGAUGGUGAAAAGGCUGCAGAGCAAAAAAUUGAAGAUACUGUAGGAAGGGACCGUGUGGAUUUUGAUCAAUAUUUAGUGAAAGGAAGCCUUGAAGAUGUCAGGGUUGAUAAGUAUGUCAGGGACUCAGGAUUGACCGGAGUUACAAAGAUAAAAGAAGGGAACACUAAUAGAUCAAUUCUAAAGGUGAACUACCAUUAUCCGGAUAUGCGGAACAGUAGGUCCCGAUUGUGUUGUGCGAGAGACAGACUCUGUUCUUUAACGAUACUCUGCAACAAGGAGACACCACAAGGCUCUAUAGACUGA